CUUGCCCCGCGGUACGGCCCGGCCGGGAGCGCGGGGGACGGUCGAUCCGCAGGGUCCGCCCCUCGAGCUACGGGCUCCGCCCCUGCCUGUCCCUCCAAUCUCGGUGCAGCCGCUUCCGGGCUCUGCGGCUCCGGGCGGCUCCGUGAGGCCGCGGUCCCGACGCUGGGCCCGGGAGGGGCCGCAGCGCACAGCGCCCGGGCGGGUCUGUCCCCAGGCGGGUCCAAGCUUUGCCUCGCGACCGGGAUCUCCGAGGACAUCUUCGGCCUGACCUUCCAGAGGCCGCAUUUCAGCUGCGUGCUCAGGGGCCGGUCGGGCCGCGCUCUAGGAUUCAUAGCCGUCUAAAUCAAGAGAAGAACGCCGCUGGCUGGAGUUAGCUGGACACCUCUUCUCCACUCCUCAGCAGGAGACUUCCUAUUCCUGAACUCCCUUAGGGCAGCAGUUCAGGGAUCCCCAGAUUGGGAGCACCUAGGACCCCGGGGCCACCUUCCUUCUUUCCUUCUUGGAUGGAGCAUUGCCUCCCCAGUUUUUGGGGCACCUUGGGGCUUGGCCUUGGUGAGUGAAACUUGGGGUGCUGCCUGCAGGAAAGGAAACCUGGAAACACAGGGAGGACACUGUGGGGGUGACCCAGGCUGUGUCAGAUCUUGAGACUCUUGGAAUCUUGUGUGGGGUGGUAGUGGUGAAUGAAUUUGGAUGUGCCUCCCUUCUUUACCUCAAACCUGAAAAGGAAACAAGUUGCCUGCCACACUUGAAGCUGUGUGACCAUCCAGGGAAGCGGGGAACCACUUCUGAAUUCAGGGAAGGACUCACCAAGCAGAUACCUGUUCUUCUGAGCCUGAAAAGACUCUAGCUUCUGAGGAGUCCCUCAGCUUACAAACCUGAGAGUCUAAGCAGUGCCAGGAAGCGGCCCCAGAAUUUGGGGGCUCAUUACGCACCCCAGCCAUGUUCCUGCGACAGCUUGGUGGCUGGCUGCCUCGCCCCUGGGGCCGUCGGAAACCAACAAGGCCUGACCUGCCCGCCCCGGACUCCAGACGGGUGGACAGCUCCUCUGAGAAUUCAGGGAGUGACUGGGACAGUGCCCCAGAAACUGUGGGAGACGUGGGGCCUCCCAAGACCAAGGACUCAGGGGCACAGAGGAGCUCGGGGGCUGCUGCAGAACCAAGCAAGGAGUCCCAGGUUGAGCCACUGGGGAGCAAAAGAAUGGAUUCCUUCAAGAGGGACAAGACUGUCGCUAGCACUCAAGAGUCUGGGAGACUGGAGUCUGGAGGGGCCAUUCCCAAACUGGGAUGGCAUCCUGUGGAGUCAGGUGGCACCAGACCUGGAAUGUCCCCUGAAGAGGGACUGAACACCCCUGGGCCUGAAGCCCCAGUGGAGAAGCCUGGCCAGCGUCAGAAGCUGCUGGGCUGGCUGCGAGGAGAACCAGGUGGAGGAGCGGGGGCUCCUUCGAAGUACCUGGGGGGCCCAGAGGAGUGUCUGCAGAUCUCCACCAACCUGACCCUGCACCUGCUGGAGCUGCUGGCCUCAGCCCUGCUGGGGCUGUGCUCACGGCCACUGCGGGCAGCCUUGGAUGCACUGGGCCUGCGUGGACCACUGGGCCUCUGGCUGCAUGGGCUGCUGUCCUUCCUGGCUGCCCUGCAUGGGCUCCACGCCGUGCUGAGCCUACUUACUGCUCACCCCCUGCACUUUGCCUGCCUCUUUGGUCUCCUACAGGCCCUGGUGCUAGCUGUCAGCCUCCGGGAGCCCAAUGGGGAUGAGGAGGCCACUGACUUGGAGGGCGAGAAGUUGGGGAAGGAGGGUGAGGAGCAGAGGGGAGACCCAGGAAAGGGGCUGUGACCUCGGGGUGGGGUGUGACCCAGAGCCUCGCCCUCAGUGGGUUGGGAACAAGGGUGAAGACAGAGUGGCCUUUAGGAGGAGAGUCGGGGGCAUGACCCAAAUUGCAAGCACAGGGACCUCAGGGAUGAGGAAGAAACCCCAGAGUAUGAGGGCACAGGGCCUCCCUUCACACACAGAGAGAACAGAGUCUCUGUGUUUAUGGACAGUGGGGGCAUCGCCCUUGAAUUCACCAGCUGUUGUUACUUUUUGCUUUUACAUUUUUCUCACCUCCAGGUUUUUUUCCACCUUCACUUUUUAAAAGCAAAAAAAAAAAAAAAAAAAAAAAUGUGGUGGCAGAAAAUAAAAACUAAAGGGUCCUUCCCACCUUUCAAAACUCCCCAGGGGUGGAGGAGACCAAAGGCAGGACAUACAGACCUCUGGGUGGGGUAAGAGGGUGGCUGACAGACCCAAAGGAUCCCUUGGAUCCUGGGAUCUGAGCCAUCCAGAGAAGAGUGGGGCUGUUAGUGGGGUGGAGUAGGGGGUCUGGAUGGGAGCCCACAGGUGACAGGGAGUCCGCAGGGAGGAUCUGUGGUGUUCCUGGGGAGCCAAAGGAAGUGGGGAUGGUGCAGGCAGUGUGGCACGAAGGCCAGCUCAGAAGGGCUGGCAGCCUAGAGAACAGUGUGGGGAAGCACUGGAGCUUGCAGUUCCCACUCGGGGGUUGGGGGUUUGCUCACUUAGCAAUAAAUAACUGUGUCACACCAAAUCCUAAAUAUACCACUACAAAGUGAGAGUUACCGCCACUCAGUGUCCUUCCUGACGCCGUCCAGCUGGAGGUUUAGAUGGCAGAAGGUCCAGGGGGACUAUUGAAAUGGGAGUAGUGGGAUUGAUGUCUGGAGACAAAUCCCAAUGAGACCCUGAUUGAAAAUCUUUAUUGAAAUCCUU